AUGUACGAUGCGACUAAAAAAGACAACUUGAAACUUACUGGUCUUAACAACCAGGUAGUCGAAAUGGAGUCUGAUUUCGAGGAGAUGAUGAGGAUGAGAAAUGAGGCUAAGAAAAGGCUCGAAGAAUAAUUCAAAGAUGUUUACCAAAAGAUCAAAGAUAAUAAGCAACAUACUAUCAAUGAAGGUAGAAAGGUGAAUGAAUCAUUGAAAAAGUUUCAAGAUAAAUUUAAUGAAUUGAUGAACUAGCUUUCUUAAGAGCUGACUGAUCAGAUUAAAUUUGAAACAGAUUAUAUGGAAAGUGAGAGAGUAAGAGGCCAUGAUCGUAUGCAGCAUUUAGAAGAUCUGCUUAAUCAAGAAAGGCAAGAUCGUAUAGACUCUCUUGAGAAUCAACUGAUGCCAGUAAGAUCUAAUCUCAGAGCAAUCGAAUCAGGAACUAAUUAAGAAAGAACUGCUAGAGUUUAAAAAGAGAGAGAAAUUCUAGAAAAUCUGCAAGAGGAGAGUUAAAAAAUUGAAAAUGCUAUUAAUGUUGAGAAAGAUGAGAGACUGGAGAAAUAAGGAGAGUUAUAUAACAAAGUUGCUAAGGAAAUUGAAAGAGAGAAUAUGUGGAUUGAUAGGUUCCAAAGAGACACUAUGUCUGAAUUCCAUAAGGAUAGAAGGGAUAUUGAGAAGGAAAUGGAUAAUAGAUUUGCUCAUUAGGAUGAGAUAGUUAGAAACAUCCAACAUUUCAUUAGUACUUUUCAAAAAACUCUCAAAGCAGUUGGGAACAAACAAUCUCUCUCCACUACACAUAAGAAUGUUAACUUGAACUCUUAUCAUUAUUAGUCAUCAUCUAUCGUCAAUCACAAUGGCAAUCAAGCACCUCAUGGAGGUAGUGGUGUAUUUCAGAAUCUUGGUAACUAUAACGGAUAUCACAAGAAAUAGCAGACAAUCAGUCAUCCAUCAAGCACUGUUCUUGAUAAUUCGAUUGAAAUCAUUAAAGGUACAGCAAAUGCAAAUAAAUUUUAUAUUUAGAUAAGCUUUAUUGGUACAGUAACAGAUUUCCACCCAAAAAUAUUUCAGACUCAUUCUUCUUCAAUAUCGAUGAGUCCACACUAUCAAAAGUAAUCAAACGCCUGCUUUUUAAUGGGGGCUUUCUUAAUUGUAUGCUAUGGAAAAUCAGCUGAAGAAGCAUUUCAUCCAUUCAAGCAUCUCUAAUUAGUGCCAUUUAGAGAUGCAGGAGAGGAACCUUGCAAUUAUGAGUGCUCAGUCCUCGAUUGCCUGAGGGGUUUGGAGAGAGCAAUAUCAUACAGCUGGUACAAUUACCUGAAGUUUGAUUAUAAGGACUAUGAGUUUAAUCAUAAGCUGGAUAAUGGCGAUAUGAAUUGGGUCGUGCCAAAUAAAAUUAUUGCCUUGUCAUCACCUACUGACAUUAAGGGCGAAGGAUUGCCCCCUUCACACUUCUUGGAGAGUUUUACUAAAAUGAGAGUGAAAGGUGUAAUAAGGCUCAAUGAAUAACUGUAUGAUGAGGCAAUAUUUAGAAAAUAAAACAUAAAUGUCUAUGAUAUGGAGUUUCUAGACGGUUCCUGCCCUGAUGAUAAUAUUAUUCAGAGUUUCAUUAAUAUUGUUGACUAAGAGGUAAAACUUGGAGGAGCAGUUGCAGUUCACUGUAGAGCAGGAUUGGGAAGAACAGGCACACUUAUAGCAGCAUACAUCAUGAAUAAAUACAACUUUGAACCAAGAGCUUUGAUAGGCUGGCUGAGAAUCGCUAGACCAGGCUCAAUUAUAGGAAUUCAAUAACAAUUCCUGGUUGAUAGCUUUCAAAGAAUCAAAUAACUGAAUGGAUCUACAUCUUCUCUAAGCACAAUAAAUUCAAUGUUAAUUAGAUAAAGCAAAGAAGAACUUGUCAAAUCCGUUCCAGUGAGAGGAUAUAGUGGAAUGAGAUAGUUGAAUGGGAGACCUCUAGUAGCACCUUAAAUUUUCAAAAGAGAUGAAAAUAUUGAGCAAGCAUAAUUUGGCUAGGUCAAGAUUCAAAAUUACUUCACUGGAAAAUCUACCCAAGGUGAUCAAUUAGUAGAAAGAAGAAAAAAGAAACUCACAUCAUAUAUGGGUAUGAUCGAUUAGAUUCUUGUAAAAGAUAAGUUGAGAUCAUGA